CUGCAGCCUACCGGAUAAUUUACGUGUGACCGUAGGUCGUGAAAAACGCAUCCAUUCAACCACGCCGCAGAUUCACAUUCAAACGUGCAGUGUCUCUCCGGUUGCACAGUGAUGAAUGAUACAACAGCAAGCUGGUUUGGCUGGAUGCAUAAUUUAUCGCUACCGCUGGCGAUAGUAUUCAUACUGCCCUGGUUGUACGUGCUAUUGAUUUUAUCGUCCGUUCCGUACUUGCAUCUAUGCAAUUGGUACCGUGCACGGUGGCCAUCGCAAUGCAGUGACGAUGAGUUUUGGAACUCCGCUCGCCGACUGAUGGCUACCAUUUGGAACCUUCACAGUAAACUGUGUCACGGAUAUGAAGUGACGGGACUUGAGCAUCUUCCUCAAAACGGUUCUGCAUUGAUCAUCUACUAUCAUGGCGCGCUACCGAUCGACAUGUACUACCUGACGGCAGAGACGAUGCUGAGGCGCAACCGGCUCAUCCACACCGUUGGGGACCGUUUUCUAGAUAAGAUACCUGGCUGGCGGCUAGUUUCGCGUGUCAUGAAGGUAACUGCCGGUUCGGUGCAAUCCUGCGUGGAAACGUUGCGCGCUGGAGAGCUACUUUCGAUCGCCCCCGGAGGAGUUUAUGAGGCACAAUUCGGCGAUAGUGGUUACGAGGUGCUCUGGAAAAACCGGACGGGUUUCGCCCGCGUUGCACUCGAGGCAAAAGUGCCAAUCAUUCCGAUGAUCACCGUCAACAUUCGAGAAUGCUUUCGAACAAUGUCGUUCGGGAAGUGGUUGUUCGUCCGCAUUUACGGUGUGCUGAAGGUGCCUAUUCUUACGAUCUACGGAGGUUUUCCGGUAAAAUUACGAACGGUAUUGGGCGAUCCCAUUCCAUAUGAUGAAUCGUUGUCGCCGGAAGCGCUACAAGAGAAGGUGGCCCUGGCUAUCGGAAGGCUCAUCAAAGAGCAUCAGCGUGUACCGGGUGAUAUACUGCAGGCGAUCGGAGAUAGAUUCGAAUCGGUGCAGUGCCAAAGCAAGGGUUGAAACAUGUGUGUGCAUAUAAUAAUGAUGUGUUAUUUCGCUAUCUUUGAGGUGUUAUCUUAGGGAUGUUCUGAUAACGGAAAAUCAGUGUAUCAAUAUUCGAAAUACUUUACCAAGCAUUAACCUUGGCAGAUAAUUAAUACGAUAAUGCUGCAAGAACACGUGAUAAAAGGUCUUA